ACAAAAGACGGAGGAACUAAGGGAACCAAAGGGAACUAACACCGUCGUUUCAAAGUAAUUUAUGUUAUACGAUGGGUUUAAUCCGGUUUACGAUAAAAACCAGUAUUGUCGGUGGUAUUGUGUAUUACACCUGUCAGGAAGGUUUGUGGUCAAAACCAGAAGAUACCGCUAAAUUAUACGGAAAAUUAUAUACCAAUGUUGCUCCAUACGUUAAACACAAUUUACCUAAAGAAGUGAUAGAUGAGUAUAAUCGGCUACCAAGUGUGACCUGUAUAACAAACUGUGCGAAACAAUAUUGGAACGAGGGUGUUUUGAAAUCCAUGAAAUUUAUUUCUAACUUACCUACUCAUGCAACUAAUGGAGCAACUAGCCUUUCUGAAACUGUACAAAAAUAUAUGAAAGAAUCAGCUCAAUAA